AAAAGCGAAGCCAGGAACCCUACCUCUCUUCUAAACCCACAGCCUCCGCCUCUCUCUCUCUCUUCUCUCCUCUGCCUCACACCGCACCGUCGCACUCUCGAGCCGCCGCCGCCCCCGCCGGAACUAUCUCGUUUUCCGACGCCCGCGCGAACCCAUCUCCGCGGCGAUUAAAAGAGGGAGCUUGGCAUACCUCAGUUUUGGCGAGAUGGACAAGAGCAUGAUGGGCGACCUGGACAAUCUUCCGGAGGAAGACAAGCUUAGAAUGUCCUCCAUGAUCGACCAGCUCCAGAUCCGCGACAGUUUGAGAAUGUACAACUCCCUUGUCGAGAGAUGCUUUAACGAUUGUGUGGACUCCUUCAAGCACAAGAACUUGCAAAAGCAAGAGGAGACCUGCGUCAACCGAUGUGCUGAGAAGUUUCUAAAGCAUUCAAUGAGGGUUGGCAUGCGGUUCGCAGAGCUGAACCAAGGAGCAGCAACCCAAGAUUGAUAUUCUCGUUUGCCUUGUUUAAAAAACAUAAGAUCAAAACAGACCACCUGACCCAGGGGGUUUUUGUUCUGCACUCAUGCAAUAGUCAAUUAUUGAUCCAGUCAUGUCCGUUUAAAUUUUUGGUAUCUAGAGCACAAUGUCCUAUUUGUUACUUGAGAUGAGGAAAAUGCAUUCUACUAAUAAUUUGAGGUAAGAUGACACGACUUGUUCUGUGAAAUGAAAUGGUUCAUGUCC